AUGUUCUUCAAGCUCAAGCACGCCCUCCUCGCGCUUGCCGCCGUCGGCAGCGUCGCCGCGGUCGCUGAACCCGGCGACCAGCUCCACGACUUCCUCACCCGCGACCCCGACGUGAACCCGCUCAUGGGCUUCGGCCGUCGCUCCGCCGCGUCCUCGCGCACGCGCCACCUCCGGCCCGUGUACAAUGACGCGCCCGCGAUGCGCAAGCGCGACACCGUUAUCAACGGCCCCGACGUCGGCCAGGUCGCGUCCUUCGACGGCGCGCCUGAGCCGGAGCGUGGUGCCCUCGGCGACACCUUCCUCCAGACGUCGAACACCGCGAUCGACGAGCAGAACCCGGACAACCUUGCUGCGCCCACCACCGACGCCGGCGCCGUCCCGAACCUCAAGUGGUCGUUCUCCCUCUCGCACACGCGUCUCCUGAACGGAGGCUGGGUACGCGAGCAGACGAUCACGGAUCUCCCCCCAUCGAAGGACCUGGCGGCUGCGGAAAUCCGCCUCUCCCCGAACGCGUACCGUGAGCUGCACUGGCACCGCGUCGCCGAGUGGGGCUACAUCCUCAACGGCACCGGUCGCAUCUCUGCCAUCGACGACAGCGGCCGCUCGUACACCGCGGACAUCAAGGGGCCCAGAACGGCUCCGACCCAGACAUCUACUAGUGCCUUCCCGGUCGGCGUCCCGCACUCCAUCCAGGCGCUCGGCGACGGGCUCGAGAUCCUGCUCAUCUUCACCGACGGCAACUUCGACGCGUCCGGCACGACCUUCAUGCUCUCCGACUGGCUCGCGCACACCCCGCUCGAGGUCGUCGCCCAGAACCUCGGCGUGAACACCUCCGUGCUCGCCAAGAUCCCGCAGAAGGACCCGUACAUCCUCAAGUCGACCGUGCCCCCGCCCCCCUUCGGCGAGAGCGCGGAGCAGGCGAUCCCCGACCCGAAGGGCGAGGCUCCCAUGCCCUUCGUCUUCCACCUCGCCGACCAGAACCGCACCGAGGCCCCCGGCGGCUGGAUCAAGAUCCAGGACUCGGUCUCGAACUUCCCCGUCUCGACCAACCUCGCCUCCGCGCUCGUCUUCGUCGAGCCCAACGGCCUCCGCGAGCUCCACUGGCACACCGCCGACGAGUGGCUGUACAUCAUCUCCGGCCACGGCCGCGCGACCGCGUUCGCCGGCGGCAGCACCGCGCGCACCUUCGACUUCCAGCCCGGCGACACCGGCGUCUUCCCGAUCUCGUACGGGCACUACGUCCAGAACCUGUCGCCCACCGAGCCCCUCAUCUACCUCGAGCUCUUCAAGGCGCCCAAGUUCGUCGACUUCUCCGCGACGCAGUGGCUCGCGCUCAUGCCCACGCAGGUCGUCGUCGACCUCCUCGGCAUCGCGCCCGAGGUUGUCGCCACCUUCAAGAAGGAGAAGCAGAUCAUCGUCGCCUGA